UUAAUAUUCAAUUCCCAUAUACAAAAUGGCGCAUUAUAUCGAUUUAAGAAAAGUGAUUUUAAUAUCAUUGUAUAUAAUGAGUUAUGGGUUUAGGUUUGGAAAGGGACCAUUUCCUGUAUUGGUUUAUGCGGUUAACGAUGAGGUAGAUAUGUCAGUUCCACCAUCCACUGCAGAAUCAAUACUCCCGUCGAUUAAAAUCAUGGUUGAAAAUGUUCCUCAUAGCGUUGAGUUGCUAGAAUCGGUAAAAACAAUAUUGAGGUCUAUUAACAACAUACUGGGAUACACGGAUAAUUCAUUCGACUUGCAUCUAUUAGAUAAAUUCGGAGGACUCUAUUCUCAUCUACAUAAUAACUCUGAUAGCUGUAUAAACGAUUUGCUUAAUAAGGCUAAAAUUCUUACUGAGACCAUUAGUCUCUCCAUCGAGGAAGUUGAACAUGGGCUAAUGGAAUUAUUUUCAUGUGAAGAGCACUAUGGCAUUUCUUGCAACAAUGAUGAGCAUCUAAAUAAAAUAUAUAAGAUUCUGGAAAAGUUACUCACGUCAACUCUUCCAGCGGCCAUAUCAGCUAUAAUACCAAUGCGUGACAAUGACUUCAAGAUCCAGAUAUUGAAAUCAAUCGACAUAUCACAGUUGCAUUCAUGUUACGCCAAUGAUAUCAUCUCACUAUCAACUUUGAGCUAUGAACAGAAUUUUGUAAUUGAUGAAUCCUACCUUUCUUCAUCCUCUUUGACCGAUAGGGUGAAUCGGUUAUCUCCCGUGUUAAGGGAUACCCGGCAAUGGAUUGAUGAGAGGUUAACAGAACUGAACAAUCUUUCAAUUUCGUUGUUUCCGCAUGAUCCUGUCUCAUCAAAAUUUUCUUUUGAGCAUUUGAACGGGGGUUUGAGAAUUAAGGAUGAGUACGCUCUGGUCGCAUGGGAAAGGUUACUUCGAGAUCUCAACAGUUAUAGAGACUUUGUUAUAUAUUCAUCUGAGAUAGUCGGUGCUAUAGAACGUCAUUUAGAAUAUGUAAGUCUUCCGACUGAAAUUAGGCAUUUUUUCGGAAAUGUCAUAUUAAUUUUGGAAUACAUCAUGGACAAACGUCUAUGGCCGAUCAGUGGUGUAAGAAUAGUCGAAAUGCAGAUACUAGCCGUUAAAAACACAUUGAAUCAUUUUGUGGAGGCGGUUAGAGCAUGCUUUUUAUCAUCGGAUUAUGGAUCAAGUUCAUCAGAAUCAUCAAGCAGUUCUAAGCCGAGUCCAUUGGUUUCCAAGAAAUCAACCCGUUUCCUUGUGUGGUAUUACCAACGAAAUGUGAAUCGAGCAAGUCAUAUGCAUUAUUAUUGUUGCGGGAAGGGGACUAUGCUAAUCCAUCAGACCUAUGCAACUAUGGUAGCAGCCUAUAUACCAUCAAUCGAGAGGCACAAUGCUAUAUGUGAAUCCAUGACAUAUGUGCGUGACGAAUACUUCGGGUUCCCUCACAUGUUAAGACAAUUUAAACGCGAGUUCAUUGAUAGACGACAUGCUGGGAGUCACACAGCGCAGCUGUUAGCUGAACAGGAGGUUAAAAGGCUAACUCAUUAUUUGAAAAGAUUUUCUAUACUAAACAAUUACAUCAGUCAAACUACCAUAGCAUGUCAAGCAGAACAAUGCAGCAGAAAGGAACCCAUGGCUGGAAUAUCUACAGAUUCUGUUGGAAUCUUCGUAAGGGUUGAAAUAUAUUAUCUCACUUCACUUGCUGUGAGGUAUUUACGAAGUAACCUCUCUACUUACAACACUAUUAAAAAAUUAUUUGCAGAAAACGAGUCUAUAGUUGAAGCUCUCAAAAAGAAACACCAACUAACCCAUAGCGAAACGUUGGAGGAAACAGAAAAGUUAUAUCACUAUCCAUUAUGGCGCACUACUGCUUUGCGCGAUCUAUUUAAAAGGCUAGAUUUUAGUGAAAAUCAUGUAAAACAAAUAUAUGAUUUCCAAAAGGCUAUAGUUAAUUUCAACGAUUCUUAUGGGUCGGAUAAGUGGAAAGCUCUCGUUAGGAAGUUUUUCGCCUUAAAAGGUAAAAUGCAAAAGGUAGAGUUAAUGCAUAGGCUAAUCAACCAUUUGCAAGUAUUAGUUGCUGAGCAUGGUCGUGUUAUUGAUAACUUUAAGGGAAAUAUAGCUGCGUCCGUUAAAUCUAUGGAGGGGAAUGUUGUUGAAGUUGAGACAUCAACGGAGGGAGAGAUGCCACUGAAAGAUACCACUGGCAGCUCUGAACGUAUACAAGCUUCAUGUCCUACAGAGGAACAUCAUGAGUUAUCUAAUGUAAGUGGCAAAAAGAGAGGUGACGAUGGUGUCAUUUUACCAACCUCACCGAAAAAUAACGCCAGUAGGCUUGGCUCCAAUGCCUUAUUCGACUCUAUCACGAAUGCCACUGCAAUAGCUUCUCUAUUAUCGUUCAUAUGACAUGGAGGGAAGAUUGCAGGUGUAGAAUAAAAUAU